AUGGAACUCCUGCGGGCGUUUGUGUUCCGUCUCGCGGCGCUAUUGCUGUGCACACAAUACUGUCAUGCAAAGACUGUGACCCUGGACUUCAACGCCACUUGGGUCAAUGCAAACCCCGAUGGACUUCAUGAACGAAAGGUUGUCGGGAUCAACGGCCAGUGGCCUCUGCCUGUCAUCGAGGUAGACAAAGGUGAUCGUCUGGUUGUGAAUAUGUUCAACGGGCUUGGUGACAAAUACACGUCGAUCCAUUGGCAUGGAAUGUUCCAAAAUGGCACAAAUGAUAUGGACGGACCUUCAAUGGUGACCCAAUGCCCUAUCGCCCCUGGUUCCUCUAUGACCUACAACUUCACCGUUCCCCAAAAUGGAACUUACUGGUAUCAUUGCCAUACGGAUGCAUGCUACCCAGAUGGUUAUCGACAGGCUCUGAUUGUGCAUGACAACCAAUCAUACUUCAACGAUAUGUAUGAUCACGAUCUUACUAUCACACUGAGUGAUUGGUAUCAUGAGUUGAUCGAAGAUAUCCCAUUCAUUCGAGUUGAGAACCCUACGGGUGCUGAGCCUGUCCCAAACUCUUUCCUCUUCAAUGACACGUUGAAUACCAAUAUCGCGGUCGAAGCUGGCAAAACCUAUCUGAUGCGAUUGAUUAAUAUCGGAGCUUUUGUGGCCCAAUAUUUUUAUAUCGAAGAUCAUACAUUUCGCAUUGUUGAAAUUGAUGGCGUCUAUGUGGAUGAACAGGAGGCCGAUACUCUCUACAUUGCUGCAGCCCAGAGGUACUCCAUCUUGGUCACCAUGAAAAAUUCAACAACAAAGAAUUACCCGAUCGUGACUGUGGCGGACUCGGUCUUACUAGAUGUGAUUGACCCAUCUCUUCAACUCAAUCAAACAAAUUGGCUUGAAUACAACAGCAGCACAGCACAUCCACAGGCUGUUAUGACGGUGGACGUGGCUUCGGACCUUGUCCCAUAUGAUGAUAUGAAGCUGGUCCCUCAUGACCGAAUGGCUCUACUUCCGGAACCCGACAUGACCAUUGAGGUCGACGUUAUAAUGGACAAUCUUGCGAACGGCGCAGGUUACGCCUUCUUCAACAAUAUCUCAUACACAAAGCCUAAGGUGCCUACACUGUACUCUGUCAUUUCCUCUGGGAACUACUCGACCAAUGCCGAAGUUUAUGGAGAGUUCACACAUCCCUUCGUUCUGGAGCAUAACCAGGUCAUUGAGGUCAUCCUCAACAACCAAGAUACUGGCUCUCAUCCAUUCCAUCUUCACGGCCACAAUUUCCAAAUGGUCAGCCGAACUCCCUCAUAUGGACCCAAUUUUUACGAUUUCGCCGACGGCGACCCGGUCGCGUACAAUGCGACCGAGAACCCAUCCAGCAGCUUCCCGACUUACCCUGCACGACGAGAUACUUUUGUUGCACCACCGCAGGGCAACUUCGUCAUCCGCUUCGUCGCCGAUAACCCCGGAGUUUGGUUGUUUCAUUGCCACAUUGACUGGCAUCUGAUGCAAGGUCUCGCAAUGUCAUUUAUCGAAGCCCCGAAGCAAAUCCAGGAACAACUGUCACUGUCAGACAGUCAAGUGAGUGUUUGCAAAGCUGCUGACGUCGCUUAUGAAGGCAAUGCAGCAGCCAAUACAGACGAUCUGCUCGACCUGACUGGCCAGAAUAGACAAUUGCCGUGGUUACCUGCUGGAUUUACGACGAAGGGCAUUGUUGCGAUGGUUUUCUCAUGUGUUUCUGCAUUCCUGGGGAUGGCUUUUAUCACAGUUUACGGCGUGUCGGGUAUUCAAUCCAAAAGGGAAGAAACAGCCCAGGUCAAUGAGAGCAAUGAGUUUUGA